AUAUUUAUUUAGGGUUAACACAUGAGUCCACUGAAUAUAUUUUUUCAAGACACAUUUUUUUUUGUAUAAUGACAUUUGAAAUUCGAAAAUGAGACCCUCAAAAUUCGUUACGUGCUUUUUACUAUAUUUUCUAUAUACUGCGCCCCACCUGGUCCAGGGAAUCGAUCCCCUCUCCCACGAGCUCAUCCAGUGGCGAGAGAUUAGAAGUAGCAAUGGGACCAAACCGUCCGACUUCCAUUACCUGGUGACGGGCGGCUAUAGGCCGCCGGUGAACGACCUGGUCAAGUAUGCGGUGUCCAUACGCUUUGGCGAUGCCAAGAGAUUCUUUGGGACCAACCACAUGUGCGGCGGAUCCAUCAUCAGCAAGCGGGCCAUCUUGACGGCGGGCCACUGCAUGUACUCCAAAAGAGGUAUGAUGAUUCAGGCCAGGAAGUUAAGGGUCUUCGCCGGCACACCCAGGAGGCUCGAGGAGGCGUCCACCACCCAGGAGUUACGGGUGAAGAAAGUUUUGCCUCAUCCAAAGUACAGGCCUGGCAAGUACAGGCAUGACCUUGGCGUGCUCCAGCUCAGGGACGAAGUCAGCCCAACAGAAGCCGCUGCCAUAAUACCAUUGGCCGAUAAGGCAACCACUCCAGGGCAACUCUGCACCGUUGUCGGCUGGGGCACGGUCGUCCAGUUUGGUCCCAGUCCCGAUGAGGCCAUCAAUGGUGAUCUAGAAGUUCUACCCAACUCUGAAUGCACGAAGCUGGCCAACUUCAAUCCCAAGGGAAUGAUCUGUGCCAGAAAUCGUGACGACAGCGAAGUGGACAGCUGCCAGGGUGACUCCGGCGGGCCACUCAUCUCAGAGAAUAAGCUCAUCGGCGUUGUGUCCUUCGGCGAGGGUUGCGGUGAAAAGUACUCGGCUGGUGUUUACACCGAUGUCUAUUACUAUCACGAUUGGAUCGUAGAGAACUCAGCGCACCUCCGACUGGUGUCCCAAGUGUCUCUGGUGUUGGCUCUCCUCCAGCCCGCAUGGUGGUGAUUAUGUUGAUGAAGAUGAUGAUGAAGAGGCGGCGCAUGCAACAGGUCGAGCAGGAGGAGGCGGUCAAGCACUGGACUCGGCCACCUGUGACCAUGCAGCCUGCAGACGACAAACCAAAAUUGAGUGAAAAACAGCGGACAGGAGGACACGAGGACAUGGCAGGAUAACUGCGGUGCAUGGUGCACGGUGCACGGUGCACGGUGCGAGGACAUGCAUGCGCCGGCCAAUGGUUUAUGGUUGGUUCGUGGAACCCCCUGUUUGUGACAGCAAUUAUCGCGGGGCAACUACACACACCUGCCUGGAAUUUGCACCUUCUGCACCGACAGGACAUUAUGCCACAAUUCGCCAUGGUUAAUUUGGGCCAUACGCCAAACUGUUGAUUGGACCAAUUAGGGUUCAGAUUAUUCGCCCAAUGGAUUCCCGGCAAGGCCAGAUGAGAUGAGUCCUGCAAAAGAAAUCAUGUUGAUUUUGAUUUUGAUGCAAUUAGUAUGGAAGAAGGAAGCAGGAAAACAGUAGACAGGACGAAGAGGCGGAGGAAUAAGGUCCCAGGCUGCCAGAAUCCCAGACUCCCCAGCUCACUUGCCCUUUGUCCUGAUCCCUAGCCUGACCAGAAACAAUGUGAAAUUGAUGUAUAGAGCUUCUCAACCAGCUGUGGCAGCAGCUCCCAGGACUCCCAGGACUCCCAGGACUCCGAGGACAUACAUCGCAAUCAGGAUUGUCAUUUCGCAUUCGCAUUGUGUGCUAUUCAAGUGCUCAUAAUGAAUUUAAUCGCGUAUGUUUAUUGCUCA